AUUUCCAUAAGCGAAAACCACAGGCACUUGAAACCAUAACAGCAUCAAUUAUGGCUACUAAACACUCUCUUCUAUUAUGGAUUCUUGUCUUCCUCGUAAGCUGGGUGCCUCCUACGAUAGCAGAUGAUGAUGAUAUCCCAUCAAACUUUAGCCGUGGUUAUUUUCCAGAUAGCUUCAUUUUCGGGUCUUCCACUUCUGCUUACCAGAUUGAAGGCGAUGCACUUGAAAAAGGCAGAGGACCUAGUGUAUGGGACAUAUUUUCCCAUACCCCAGGGAAGAUAUUGGAUAACAGCACUGGAGAUGUAGCAGAUGAUUUUUACGACAUCCACAAAGAAGAUAUUGAAAGAAUGAAGCAAAUGGGUUUAAAUGCUUCUAGAUUCUCCAUUUCAUGGUCCAGAGUAGUACCUAGUGGAAGGGUAUGGGAAGGAGUGAAUCAGCAAGGAAUUGAAUUUUACAACAAUAUUAUCGAUGAAACUAUAGCAAAAGGUCUUGAGCCUUUUGUAACUAUUUUCCAUUGGGAUACUCCUCAAGCCCUGCAGGAUAAGUAUGGUGGCUUUUUAAGUCCUAAUAUUGUGGACGAUUUUCGUGACUAUGCGGAUCUUCUCUUUGAAAAUUUUGGUGAUCGAGUGAGGUAUUGGAUGACUUUAAAUAAUCCAUGGGCUGUCAUUGAAUAUGGCUAUGAUGAAGGUAUCUACGCCCCUGGUCGAUGCUCAUCUUGGCUGAAUCAUAAUUGCAGUGCUGGAGACUCAGCCACUGAACCUUACAUAGUUGCCCAUCAUUUACUCCUUUCUCAUGCUGCAGCUGUACAAGUAUAUAGAGAGAAGUACCAAUACCAGGGAAAACGAAAAGGCGAGAUCGGGAUAACACUCUUUGCCUUUUGGUAUGAACCUAUAUCCAACAAAACUGAAGAUAGGGAAGCAGCAAAAACCGCCCUUGAUUUUAUGUUUGGAUUGUUUAUGGAGCCUAUGACAAAUGGUUGGUAUCCAAGGAGCGUGCAAAGGCUAGUUGGAGAUAGAUUGCCAAAAUUUACUGACAGAGAAUCUCAAUUACUUAAAGGAUCUUAUGAUUUUAUUGGAUUACAAUACUAUUCAUCUUAUUAUGCAAAAGCAAAUGCUACUACUGAUCCAAAUCAUACUAGAUACAAAACGGAUAGCCAUGUUAAUGUAACAGCUUAUGAUGAAGAUGGUCUACCCAUUGGUCCAAGGGCUUACUCACCAUGGCUUUACAUUUACCCGAAAGGCAUUCGAUAUCUUUUAAACUACACCAAAGAUAGAUAUAAUGAUCCAGUAAUUUACAUUACUGAAAAUGGGGUGGAUGCGUACAAUAACAAAAGCCAAACUGAGCAGCAAGUGGCUAAGGAUGAUUUCAGGAUAAAUUAUCAUAAAGAACAUAUGUGGAAUGCGCUUGGAUCCAUUAAGGAUUACAAUGUUAGUGUCAAAGGUUACUUUGUGUGGUCAUUUUUGGACAACUUCGAAUGGAAUAUGGGUUAUACUUCAAGAUUUGGUUUGCACUAUGUAGACGAUAGCUUGAGAAGAUACCCCAAGGAUUCAGCUAUUUGGUUCUGCCGAUUCCUAACAAUUGUGCUUCGCAAAGGUGAUUGUGAACUGAAUCCAUACAACAGCUCUUCCUCAGAGGUCACUACUGCUCAAUUCUAGUGACCUUGUGUUGUAAUAAAACUUGUAAUGAUCCCAUGUAAUUCCCUAUGUGAAUUUCGUCUCCUGUUGGUUUUUGAUGUGAUAAUAAGCUGUCUAAUGCAUACUUAUGUACUAGUAUUGUGCCUUUGAAAUAAAAAAUAAUAAAUUGUGUUAUUUUCGUAAAA